AUGUCCCAGGGAAAACCGCUCCGGGUCCUAGUCAUCGUCUCGCACCGGAGUUCUCAGAUAUCCAAAGCCCAAACCAAUCCAGAAGUCCUCCUACCCAAAGCCAUCCGUCUCCUUAAAGCAAGUCACCUCUACAGCCCACAAGAAGUUCACCCAACAACAAGGCUAGUGGCGGCUCAGAAGUGGCGGACGCGGGUAUUCUUCGUUUUCGACAUCUGCCACACAACCUACGACGCCAAGCUCGGCCAUUUGCCCGAGCAGAACAAGCUCCCCGUUGCUGUUGUUCGUCUCAGCAAAAGGAACACGGCCUAUGUGGCGAAUGCGUGGUUGUCGAAGAGGGUGAACAGAGAUAUUGCUUUGUUUCACAAUGCCAAUGGUUUCGGGGCAGUGCCGCCGUUUGUAGAGGACCAUACCGUUGGAAAGCCACCUGAGUAUAUGAACCCGAGGGAUAUCUCACUCUUCCAGGCCUCUUGCCUUUGA